AUGACAUCUACACCCUUCGAGGUCCGAGGUCCUCUCCCGCCACCAUCUUCAAAUUACUACAAACCGCCUUCUCCUCAUAGUGUGCCCUACUCACAAUCCUACGAGCCCUCUCAUCCGGCGUUCUCGCAGCACUCAUACGAGGCCCAGUUCUACAUGGACGAGAAGACCAAAUACAUACCACCCCCGAGGUUACACACGGCGCCUCCGCCGUCGUUCCAAGACGCAACCAUGGUGUCCAUCCCGGCCGACAUGUUCGACCGGAUGUUCUUGCAGGCGCAGAGCCAACAAGAGCCCGCCGGGGCCGGCAGGAAAAGCGCAAAGCAGCAGAUAUUUGGCAAUCCAACGCCACUGUCUGUUGUUGGAUUCUUGCUUUGUCUGAGCCCGCUGAGCUGUGACCUGAUGGGCUGGCGAGGCGCGGGUGGAAAUGGAGCGGCGUCAGUGUACGUAUUGCAUAUUCGCACCCCUAUACCCAAUACCGUGAUCAACAAAAGAAGAAGUCUGACGACGCUAUCCUGUACCAGCGGAGCGUAUUUCUUCCUCGGCGGCGUGCUCAUGCUCCUGGGCGGCUUCCUCGAAUGGGUCGCGGGCAACACGUUCCCCUUCGUCGUGUUUGCCUCCUUUGGCGGCUUCUGGUUCUCCUACGGCGCCACGCUGCUCCCCUUCUUCAACGCCUUCGGCGCAUACUCGCCGGACCCGAAAGACCUGACGGCGGGGCUGGAGAGUCAAGGCUUCAACGCCUCGUUCGGGUUCUUCAUGAUCUUCAUGGCCGUGCUGUGUCUCAUUUACCUCGUCUGCGCUCUGCGGACGAACUUGGUCUUUGUGGUCAUGUUUGCGGGCCUGUUCUGGGGGUUUACGCUGCUGACCACGACGUUCUGGCUGCUGGCCGACGGAGGCAGCGGCGCAGGUAUCACUCUGUAUAUCGGCGGCGCAAGCUUUGGCGUGAGCUGCGUGGCCGGCUGGUACCUGCUCCUGGCGUUGCUGUUGGGCUCGGUGGAGUUCCCCAUCACGCUACCGCUGGUAGAUCUGAGUGGAUGGCUUCAGUGGAGGACAUGA